AUCGAUCAGAAAUAGACGGUGGAUUUUAAACGCGCUCAAUGCAGGGAAAAUACGAAUAACGAAGAACGAAAGGGGGUAUUACAAUAUUGCUGAUUGGACCUUUGCCAACUGGUUCAGCUUUAAUUACAUCGGCAUUCAUCAUUUUGGCCAAUUCAUUAGUCUUUCUGGAAAAAGAUACUUCGGAGUUUUCGAUACGUUCAGCUGACGUGAAUCGAUACUCGAUUGAUAUGUUGCAAACGGCAGAACGCCCUAAUUUAAUGCCUUUUCAGGAUACUCAAUACAGUUGGACGGACGAUUUGCCGGUUUGCAAACAAUCUGGAGUAGGAUUUUCAACAAAUCAAAUUUAUCGCGAGGAUGGAUAUAGACAAGAGGAGCACCCAUUCGAAGAUCGCAGCUUUCAUUGUCGUUAUGAUGAUUCAACAUUCCUUUAUGGAGUAUUCGAUGGACACGAAGGAACCAAAGCAGCAAACUUUGCUAUGCAAAGAAUGGCUGCAGAGAUAUUGCUGGGUCAGUUGAAUGGUAAAUCAACAGAUGAGGAAAUUAAAGAAGUUCUACGGCAGGCAUUUAUAGCUGUAGAACGAGGAUAUCUAGAUUCUAUUGGUGAUCUUUUAGCUGUACGUGCUAGCUUGCAGUUCGAUAUACCUGAUGGUUUAAAUUCAUACGAAGCUUAUCAAAAAUUCCCCCACUUGGUUGAUAAAUUGAACUCAUUAAAUUGUGAGCUAUCAACAGGAACUAGUGCAGUUGUAGCUCUUGUAUAUGGUGGAAGAUUGUACGUUGCAAAUGUCGGUGAUAGCAGAGCUUUAUUAUGUAAAACGGACAGUAAUCAAGUAUUAAGGGUUGUACAGUUAAGCGUUGAUCACGAUUUACGGAACGAGGAUGAAUUAUUACGAUUAUCUCACUUAGGACUAGAUAUUGAUUCCAUAAGACAAGGAUCUCAUCUUGGAAAUCAAGAAAAUACACGUUGCCUUGGGAAUUACCUUGUUAAAGGCGGAUACAGAGAAUUCGAGGAAUUAGCUACUGCUACGGCAGAGCCCAUUAUUGCCGAGCCUGAAAUUCAUGGUGGAAUAGAGCUCGACGAGUCGUGCAGGUUUUUAUUAUUAAUGUCCCGUGGUCUUUAUAAAUCAUUGGAAGAAGCGACCGGUACCGAUCAAGUCAACAAAGAAUUAGCACUUAUAGCAGUUGAACAGUUUCGCGUGCAAUCUACGUUAACUGGAGUUGCUCAAGCCGUCGUGGACAAAAUUGUAAGGAUUCAUCAUGACGUUAAUAUGAGUACUUCUCAAAGUACACUGACUACUGGUAAACGGGACGAUAUAACACUUCUCGUGCGAAAUUUUAAUUUCCCGCUUCCUCACGCCUUAAAAAGUCCAACUAAUCAGUCAGUCAGGUUCAAUCCAAUCGUUGAGACUGCUUCGAUAACGACGAUGUCAGAGAACGAAGAUUAUUCGAGUACAGGAGUUACAGAUGAGAAUUUCGAUGCAUCGACGAGCGACACGUCAACGUCGGACAUGUACCCACCCGGAGCGAAGCCGGCCGAUAGAAACGCUAGGAUUAAACCUUACGUUGAUUUCUCCGAGUACUAUGAAAACGUGGAAAAGAGGAGGCGAGAAGGGACAUUACCCGAAGGCAUAAAUUUCGAUUAAGAGAAUCUAAGAGUACGAUGUAAGUGAAACCUUCUACCAUGUUUGUACAUAUUUAUUUUGUAUACAUGUCUUUUAAAUUAAAUUAUUCAAAAUGCGUGUAUAACUGUUUCCUUAAAUAGAGUAUAAAAGAACAUUUUACAUUACAAAUUAUAUAGCAAUAAAAUUUAGCAACUUACACUUGAAAUAUUGAAACGGUGAGAUCUAGUUUCUGGGCAAUGCAUCCUGUAAUGUGCAGCUUACACGUUUGUACAUGCGAACUAUAAAUACUUUGUUGGAUUACUUUUAAGUCUUUCGUAUGCAGCCUUCUCGAGACACUCUCUGUGGUCGGGAUGGGCAAUCUGAAUCAACGCAUUAGCUCUUUGACGCAACGUCUUGCCAAAAAGUUGUGCUAUCCCAUGCUCUGUUACAAUAUAAUGUGCAUGCGCUCUUGUCACUACAACUCCACCACCUAUUCAAUAAACGAUUACAUUAUUCAAUUAGCAUAGUAUUCAACGAACACGAACCAACUUCAACAAAUAUCUUCUCUCUGAUUCCAUACCAACUUUAAGUACAGGCUGGAUUUUACUUUCGCCCUUGCUGGUAACCGAGGGAAACGCGAUCACAGCUUUCCCCCGACCGUCUUGGCCCAAUGCAGCGCCCCGAAUGAAGUCGAGUUGUCCGCCGAAACCGGAGUACAUCUUACACCCUAAACUGUCCGAACAGAUUUGGCCAGUAAUAUCCAUUUCUAUGCAGGAAUUAAUAGCCGUCAUUUUCGGUUGUUGAGAUAUUACCCGAGGAUCGUUUACAUAAUUAAUUGUCAGCAUUUCUGUAGAAACGAAGCAUUCCAGAUCAUUUACAAGAUAGAACGAGGAACGUGUGCAAAGGCUGCGGAACAUGAUAGACGCACCUACGAACGGAUUAUUAUGCACAAAGUCGUAUACCCUUUUGGUACCGAUUGCCAAGGAACUAACCAUGCGUCCUCUGUGCUUAGGUUUCAUUUUAUUGGUAAUAUUUCCACGUUCCGCGAGGUCUACCAUCGUGUCGCCCAUGAUCUCCGUGUGAACACCGAGGUCUUUGUGGUUUCCAAGAGAACAGAGGACAGCGUCAGGGAUGUUGCCUAUACCGAGCUGCAAAGUGGCCCCAUCGUCCACCAGCCUUUGCGCUAUGAUCUUGCCAAUCUCCGCCUCAAUUUCAUUCGGCGGAGUACUCGCCACACAUGGCAAGGGGCAAUCGUACUUCACAGCCCAGUCGAUGUGGCUACAAUGAAUGACAGUGUCCCCGAAUGAUCUCGGCAUGUGUUCAUUGACCUGGGCUGCGUCGAAUCAUCAAAGAAAUUCUUAUUCCAAUAUUUUCUUAAAGGGUGUUACCGUUCAUCGGAAUUCGACGAUUAAUUACUGACCAACUAUCACUUUGGCCGAACUGAGAGCUGCUCGGGUGCAGUCCACGCUCACACCCAGGGAACAGAAGCCGCGCGCAUCCGGCACGCUGACGUGUAUCAGUGCAACGUCCGGGACGAUUCUUUUCUCGUAGAAUAAUUUCGGCACUUCGUGGAGGAAUAUUGGAAUGUAAUCCGCACGACCUUCGUUCACGGCUUCCCUGACGUUCGCUCCAAUGUAAAAGCUUAUGGAUCUAAAGUGUUCUGGAAAAAGAUCAGUUGUAUUAGUAUCAGGGGAUGGAAGGACCGUUAACAAUUGCGGAAUAGCAUACUCUCAAAUUCAGGACUCGAGAACGGUGCGUCUCCUUCGAGGCCCAUGUGAAUCAAUCGCACCCCGCGGAGAUUGUUGCAGACACCAUGCUCCGUCAUGGCACGUAUCAAUUCGUUAGGCGUCGCUGCACCUCCUUGUAUGAAAACCAAAUGCUCUGGAAAGAAGAAUGUCCCAUGAAUAAUCACGGAAAUGUAUUACAAGCGAACAAUGUAUUUUAAAUUAUUCAAAAUGGUCAGCGCACGUCUGUGUAUGCAUAAUGCAUAAAGAUAGCUUCUGUUAAUUUCAGUCUCUGUGAACUGACGCACGCAAUGACUCUUAAUUGCUCAACGUUUUUGGAAAUCGCUAUAAGUACCUGAAUUUAUAAUUUUCACUGCGUCUUCCACGCAAACCCAUCGUGGACAUCGUUUCAACGGUUGCAGAGGUUCGCGUAUGUACUUCAAACCGCCGCACGCGCUGAGGUGUUUCUUCGGCAUGAAUUUGGCAAACGCUGAAUGCAGUGACUCUAAAUUUCGCCGGAAAUUAAGUCCAAACAUUUUGGCAUGACGAACGUAUACUGGAAUUACAUGAAAAUUUGGAGAGCAUAGAAUCUAAACGGUUUCGCUGGUUUCAGAUGUCACUUCACGCCAGAUCUGGAUCGGAUCCGUUGUCAUCUCCACGAGAACUAUUUGAACAUCGCAUAUGCCGGUAUUCGAUUUUUCAACUCUCUUCGUGCAGCGCGGCGUGUCGUUGGAUUUCCCGACACCCCGUAGCGCGUGGAACACCGGCGAAGAAUAAAAUAAAGUAUAUGUGUAUAUUAACACGUUAAGCGCCAUGUCGGUCAUUGGCGACUGACGCUUCUGAACGACUAAAAAGCAACCGUAACAAUCGUAAGAUUUUCGCGGCGCUUAACGCGUUAAUAAUGAAAUAAUCACGCGUGCGUACAUUCCAUCUUGAAUUUAUUCCUUGAAAUGCGACGCGGUCUUUAGUCGUUACAGUGAUUGCAUUACAUAAAGGAACCUCUUUAAAAUUUCAUAUAAAAAUUAUCUGUCGUCAUUAUACAACGUUCUCUGCCCAGCCAACGUGAAAUACUCGUUUAAAAUAAAAGCUUUUCCGUGUUCCUUCAAGGACCUUAAUGCUUCCUCGCCUAUCCGAGAACAAGAGGCCUUCUCGUGUUUAUUCAAAAUGUAUCUACUUAUGUACGUUAUAGAUUAUUCCCCGGUAUUCUGUAAAUUACUCUUACACUGGGCAGGGAGGCGUAAAUUACACGAAGUUAAGAAUGUAUAAUGUUUGUUCCGACACGGAUAAGUAUUUAUGCGUGCGGGUAACGGCAAAUAUCGCGAAAUGCUAUUAGAAAAGUCUUUCGGUGUCGCUUCCGUGGAAACGUUUAUGGCGCUGGCAUGACUUUUAAGCGUUCGAACGCUGCCUUCUCGAGAGCCUCUCUGUGAUCGGGAUGGGCGACCUGGAUCAGUUCGUACGCACGCUGCUGAAGACUUUUGCCGAACAAACUGGCAAUCCCGUGUUCCGUGACGACGUACCGAGCGACUGCUCUGUUCGUGACGACGCCGGCACCUUCAAACCACACAGAAGAUUAACACACUGAAAACAGUAGCACAAAACAAAUCGACUUGAUAUGAACCUAAUUUUAAAACCGGUGAAAUCUUGCUCUCGCCCUUGCCGGUGACGGAUUGCAAAGCUAUGAUAGGCUUGCCGCAACGGUCGUCGCUGAUCGCUGCUCCAGUGAUGAAAUCCAGCUGCCCUCCAAAGCCGGAGUACAUCCUUGUCCCGAUACUGUCAGAGCAGAUUUGCCCAGUGAUGUCAACCUCGAUGCACGAGUUGAUGGCUGUCAUGUUCGGCUGUUUAGCUAUCACCUUGGGGUCGUUUACAUAGUCCACCACCAACAUUUCUGUAACAGCAACCACGAGCCGACGCAGAAGGAGCCGACGAUUCGGCCUCUGUGCAUCGUCUUCCUGUUGUUCGUGAUGCAGCCCCUGUUCACGAGGUCGACCACGCCGUCGCUGAACAUCUCGCUGUGAAUCCCGAGGUCCUUGUGGUUCUUGAGUUCCGACAGCACCGCGUCCGACGGCGGCUUCACCGGGUGGACCGGAAGCGGCUUGUGGUGCUCCACGGCGAAGUCCAGGUGACUCACGUGAAUGAUGGCGUCGCCGAACGUCCUGGGCAUGUGCUUGUUCACCAGCGCUACAGAACCGCAACAAGGAUUUACCGACUGGUACCUCGUACUGGGUGACGGCGGCGACGGAAGUUGGAAAAUUCGAAAAUUUACCUACGAUGUAUUUGCUAUGGCUCACGGCGGACCUGACGCAGUCCACGCUGGUGCCGAACGAGCAGAAUCCUUUGUCGUCCGGGGGGCUGACGUGGACCAGCGCGAUGUCCGGCUUGAUGUGACCUUCCUUGAACAACCGUGGAAUCUCGUGGAGAAAGAUCGGCACGCAAUCGGCGGUUCCCGCUUGGACGGCCGCUCGCACGUUGCCUCCGAUGAACAGGCUCACCGACCUGAAAUGUUCUGUAUACGAAGCAUCGUAAUACAUAAGAGCAUUGCUAGAGAAUAAAACGCUUUCAGUGAAUGGGCUCAAUGAUUUCUGAUCGAGUAAUGAUCCUGAGUACUUUAGCUUGCUGUAUCGAAGUUAUGGUUUUUAUCAACACGUUCCGUGAACUUUCCGUUCAAGCCAUUGGGUAUUGUCAUUGUAAAAUGAAGAAUUUAUUAAAAAUG